AAUCCGCGACCACCGUCAUGUCGGCCAUGUUGAGCAUGAUUACGAAAUUUUGUUUACAUCUUGUAUCAUUGCUACCUCGUCAGUGUUUAUUAUCGUAAGAACAUCCACAAUGAAUAGAAUAAAAUCGUUUAUGCCGCUUUUAUCGACCGUACGCAAUCUGCAUACGACCAACAAAUCAUUCCUGAAUCUUGUGCCUAUCGUCGUGGAACAAACCGGAAGAGGCGAACGGGCGUAUGAUAUAUUUUCUCGCCUACUGAAAGAGCGUAUCAUCUGCCUGAUGGGCCCCAUUCACGACGAUUUGAGCUCGUUGAUAGUAGCACAGCUUUUGUUUCUGCAAUCGGAAAAUGGAACGAAACCUAUUCACAUGUACAUCAAUUCUCCCGGUGGAAGUGUUACGGCCGGCUUGGCAAUCUACGAUACGAUGCAGUACGUAAAGCCUCCCGUAGCUACCUGGUGCGUUGGUCAGGCAUGCUCCAUGGGCUCGCUACUGUUGGCCGCCGGUGCCCCGGGGAUGCGCCACUCACUGCCAAACGCACGCAUCAUGAUCCACCAACCGUCCGGCGGUGCACAGGGACAAGCGACUGACAUCCAGAUACAGGCGGAAGAGAUCCUCAAGUUGAAAAAACAACUGACGGAGAUUUAUGGAAAGCACACCAAAACGUCGGUGGAUGUGCUGUAUUCGAAAAUGGAGCGUGACACUUUCCUAAGUCCGGAAGAGGCGCAAACGCUGGGCAUUAUUGAUACGGUGCUGGAGCAUCCUCCAUCAUCGACGGAAGCUACUUCGUAAACCUUGACGAAAGGCAGUUAAACAAAAAUGUUUGUUAAAUGUUGCAGUUUACUGAGCAUGAGGGUAAUAAAACAGGUGAAAUGUAGGAAUUUGUUUCAUUUACUGAUGUUUCUUUAUAAAAUGCUUUUAUUACUUCAAGCAAUGAAAAUAUGAUUUUUUCUAAAUUUUCGGUAAUCUUUGUAAUUGAACCUGUUAUAAAUAAAUUUGUGUUUUCAACGAAA